AUGGAGAAACAGCCGCUAAUUCUGGAGCCUGUAAUCCUCUUCCUCCCCCGGGGAUAGGGUGCAUGCCAGUCACACAGCUACCAGCAGGCCCUGGGGACGGGCCCCCGGCAGCUCCCCAGGUGUGCCACAGACCAGAGCAACUUCCAGACCAUGGGUGAUGUGCAGAAGGGUGCUCUGCAGCCACCUGGCACCCUGCAGGGCUCCCUCAGCACUCCACACCCCCAGGGGCUGCUCUCCGUCAUCCAGAAGCUGAAGGGUUCGCCGGAGCAGGAGCUCCGUAUUGUCCUGCUGGGGCUGGACAACGCAGGGAAGACCACACUGCUGAAACGGCUGGCAUCCGAGGAGAUCAGCACCAUCACGCCCACCCAGGGCUUCAAUAUAAAGAGCGUUCACUCGCACGGCUUCAAGCUAAACGUCUGGGACAUCGGGGGGCAGCGCUCCAUCCGCCCCUACUGGAAGAAAUAUCUGGGCAGCACAGACCUGCUGAUUUAUGUCAUUGACAGCGCAGACCAGAAGCGCUUUGAGGAGACAGGGCAGGAGUUGGCAGAGCUCACUGAGGAUGAGUCUCUCACAGGAGUCCCACUGCUGGUUUUUGCCAACAAGCAAGACCUAGUGACUGCAGCACCUGCAGCUGAAAUCGCAGAAGGACUGAGCCUGCACACCUACCGGGACCGGGAAUGGCAGAUCCAGGCCUGCUCAGCCUUGUCUGGGGAAGGAGUGCAGGACGUGACUGGUGCUGCCCCAACCACAGCAUCUGUCUCAGAAAAUCCUGAUACUAAAUUUCCGCUGGCCAGAGGAGCGACUACAUUUGCCUGGCACCUGGGACAAGGACAGGCAGAGAGGACCUAA